CUUUAUCUAAAGUGCGUGCGUAAGAGACAUGCUUUAAAUUUCGUGCGUUUUAAAAGACGUAUAUGGAAGUUGUCCGCCAUCUUGUCGGUUGCUAAGUACUGUGAAGUUUUCUUUUUAAUAAUCAAAACGGUCCCAUACGCUUAAAAACCAAAAGGUCUAAUAAGGAACAACUUGCCUUAAACUCUACUAUGGACUGAAUACAAGCGGACAUAGUUCUUCAAUUCGAGACUCGAGCAGACUUGCAGAAACGAACUGCUCUGUUGGUUUUGACAUUGGGUGUGUCACACAAGAACGGCAGUGAAGAUAGACAACCCAAUUCAUUCACUGAUCUGGAAGGAACAACCCUUCUGAAAAUAUGGGAGACGGCUUAGGGCACACGGAUAGGGAAGCCAUCUCGAACACCGAUGCCGUCAGUGCUCCUGAACAGCAAGCAGAUGGAUCAGACAACACUGGGUCUGCCAGUGAACAAGGGAACACUGAGGGGGCCAGUUCAGUGUCUAGCAUUGCUGCAGGACCCUCAGUAGUUGAAGGGACUCACAAUGGAGGAGAUCUAAGUGGUGAAGAGGAACACGCCACUAAGGAAAGCACCUCUCAAUUUCCACAUGGGGGAGAUAAUAACUUUGAGGCACCUCUUUCCUCAAAUUGCAGGUGCUGUUCCCCAGAAGAUGAGGAUUCCUCCUGUCCUCCCAAGAAACUGUGCUUCGAAAGGUCUCCUGGAUCUGGAAGGAACAACCCUUCUGAAAAUAUGGGAGACGGCUUAGGGCACACGGAUAGGGAAGCCAUCUCGAACACCGAUGCCGUCAGUGCUCCUGAACAGCAAGCAGAUGGAUCAGACAACACUGGGUCUGCCAGUGAACAAGGGAACACUGAGGGGGCCAGUUCAGUGUCUAGCAUUGCUGCAGGACCCUCAGUAGUUGAAGGGACUCACAAUGGAGGAGCUCCAAGUGGUGAAGAGGAACACGCCACUCAGGAAAGCACCUCUCAAUUUCCACAUGGGGGAGAUAACAACACUGCGGCACCUCUUUCCUCAUGUCGCAGGUGCCGUUCCCCAGAAGAUGAGGAUUCCUCCUGUCCUCCCAAGAAACCGUGCUUCGAAAGGUCUCCUGGUCCAAGUGGUGAAGAGGAACACGCCACUCAGGAAAGCACCUCUCAAUUUCCACAUGGGGGAGAUAACAACUUUGAGGCACCUCUUUCCUCAAAUCGCAGGUGCCGUUCCCCAGAAGAUGAGGAUUCCUCCUGUCCUCCCAAGAAACCGUGCUUCGAAAGGUCUCCUGGGUCUGGCAGUGGCGUAAGGAACACCCAAGCGGGUAUUUCAUUUCAUGACAACGAUGUGGAAGCCAGUCUCCAACCCUCAGUGGCUGAGGGUUGUGUCCAGGCAUCGCUCAAUGGUGAUAGUACACCUCCACCACCAGAAAUCAUCAAUGAUGCUGGAGUAGAUGGAAACGGGUCUAACCGACAUUUAGAAAACGCAGCCCGAACGCUUCCUCCUUUGCGUGAUAAUGGCACUGGAGUUCGAAAUAGUGUUGAACAAGGUGAUCUACAAGAAGAUCCAGAAGCUGAGUUUUUCAGUUACGGAGACAAUGAAGAUUACAAUUCAAUUUUCCGUGACAGUGAGGACAGUUCAAGUGAGGAUGAAUCAAACCUGUUUCCUGAGAAUGGGUUUGUCCAUCUUCCAUUUGGAAUGAAUUUUCAAAUUUAAGAAGAGCCCCACGGCUUUUAAUUAAUUCAGUACUGUGUUUUUAACCAUGUUGAAUUUAGUUAAUAAAACUGGCAAGGGCUCAUCUGCAUUUUCCUUAAGCCUGGUAUGUUUCAGAAUUAGGAUUCAAGGGGUAUCUACCUAAUGAUCCAACUCAAGACUGUCCCAUUGCUGCCAGUAGUGAUGAUCUGCCUUGAAAAUGACUCAUAAGAUGGUGAAGCUCCCUCGACCUUGUGAUUGGCAUCAUGUCUAUACUAUAUUGGAUUCACACCAACCGUGCAUUUGACGUCUAGGCCAGUCCCUUACGAAACUCCUGAUUGGCUGUUGUCAUCAGAUUAUGAGAGUGUGUUUCUGAGCCUCCAACCUUGAAGGGCGCAACUAUUGCUGUUGGAACGAUAUUUAUUCCUUGCCAUAUUGCAGAGCUACGUUUUGACACUGUAUAGCUUAUUGGAUAUCCUUACUCUGCAGCAAGGACAUUAUAUUCUUCAAUUUGUGUACUGCCCUUCGUUCAGUAAAAACCAAGGGGACCUCUUUGUCCCAAGGUAAUAACAGUUAUACCUAUAUUUAUUUAUUGAGAUCAUGGCCUUUGAGACUCUGCUGACGUCAUUAGUGGAGCUUGUGAAAGCCUACCAACACCAUCGUUUGGGAUCAAUUUUCCCUGCCACCCAGAUUAAGCCUCCAGACGUGGAGUUUGUUAUUGUCCUCCAAGAGGAGACCUAUAAAGUCAUUUGAGGAAGUUAUUGUAUUUGUUAGGAUAUUCUUACUUUUCGCUUGCCUCCUCCUUUCUGGACCCUCUCCCCUUUUUGUAUGUAUGUUGAUGACCUGUCUUUAAUUGUGUAAUUGUUUUCUUUUGCAGGAAGAUGAUAUUGAGUGUUUCUCAUUAGUUACUGUAUUAUUGAGGUUCAGGUGUUAUUUCUGUCUGAAACUUAAGUAUUAAAAUCAAGUUUUUU